AUGCAACUCGUCGAACAGAAGAACAAGAUAAUACAGUCCAUGACUUUCCACAAGGGACUCGUGUCGUCUCUCUGGCGCUUGCCAACUGAAAUCUUAUCCCAAAUUUUUCACCUCUGUCUCCCUGAAGACAAGUACUUGUCACCCUCAUCGAAACAGGCCCCCAUGCUGCUGACCACCAUAUGCCGACCAUGGAGGGAGGUCGUUGUGGGUACGCCCAGUUUAUGGUGCAGGUUAAAUGUAGAACCCAGUGGCAGAGAUUGGGAGAAGGCGGAUUGGGAGAAGGCAGUUGUCUUCUAUCACUCAUGGCUCAAGCGAGCACGAGGAAUCCCGCUCUCAGUAGCAUUCAAAUGCUGGAACUCGUCUGAGCAACGCAGCCUUCUUCUGCCUUACGUCAAACAAAUCUCGUCCCUCGCCAUCCGUAUUUACCACGGAUCGGGAAAUCCUGAAGAUUUGUUGAAAGACCUACCCCGGCUACCCGCACUUCAGGAGCUGGUCGUACGAGCUCCAAUAUUUACACCUAGGAUGUCAAAAUCUAUCUCGCGACUGCCAUCCACUAUGCGUAGCCUCGAUGUCUCGGAGUUGCCGCCGUUCGACAUCGAGCGCUUAGCUUGGUUCAAUCACGUAUGGGUCCACCUGACGAACGUCAAGAUCUUCAUAAGUCACCCGGACGCAUUACUCCACUUGCUCCGUCUAUGUCCCAACCUCUCCUCGUUAACGGUUCACACAUCAUUCUACGACGCGAAAAUCUUGGAGCCACUUACGCACGCCAACAUUCAAUCCUUAUCCUUUUUGAACCACUCUGGUGACAUAGGGUGCUUAACUGGCCUGUUCAAUGCCUUGUCACUCCCCAAUUUGCGCGUUUUUGAAUUGCAGCACAAGGCAAAAAACCAAUGGCCUCACGAGGUUUCGUUGGCAUUUUUGGCACGGUCGAGGUGUUCCCUGGAGAGCCUGAUCAUCAGCGGUCGGGUGAUGAUGACAGAGGUGCAGCGAGCGGAAUAUAUUGCGCUUAGUCCUUCUCUCAACAUCUUCGUGGUUCGCAGGAGUCAACACUUUUCGUAAGGGCUCAGUUGUUACCUGAAAAAUGAUUGUAGUACCAAUACAGCGCGAGGAGCAUCCGAAGAUCAAGAGUAUUACCGGCGUACCCAUGUUUGGCCUUUACGCAGAGAUACAUACACGGAGUACAUCGCAGCGGGGAUUUGUUACCUACCUUCCUGUAUCGUACAGAGACUAUACCACUGCUUUAAAGGCGAGAUAUAACUCUACGUGGACUUUCAGAAGGCUACAAUGAUUUUUUCCCUACUUGUGGCUAAAGGUACAACUAAGCGAUAACGCUUCGCA